AGCAAAGAAGCUGGCAAGAGACCCUGGAAAGGAAUGGUGUCCGACCCCACCUCCUCUCUGAGCAGUCUGGGAACCUCACUGCGGCAGUGAAUGAGGAAGCAUCUUGACCUAAGAGACUCUGGAGGCCUGGGAGGGCUACGGAUCUGGAAUUUGCCCCAGAUUUAUGUGCAUCACACCCUAAUCACUCCCUACAUUAGAAUCUCUUGAAGUUGGAGCCAUGCCAUUGAACCUGUUGCAGGACUGGUGUAGGGGGGAGCAUCUGAACACCCAGAGGUCUAUGCUGAUCCUGGGGAUUCCUGAGGACUGUAGUGAGGAUGAAUUUGAGGAGACUCUGCACGAAGCUCUCAGGCAUCUGGGAAGAUAUAGGAUCAUUGGCAGGAUGUUUAGGAGGGAGGAGAACGCCCAGGCCUUUCUGGUGGAACUUGCACAUGAUUUUGACUAUGCGUUGGUACCCAGGGAAAUAGAAGGAAAGGGUGGGCCCUGGGAAGUGAUUGUGAAACCCCCUAAUUCAGAUGAUGAAUUUCUCAAUAGACUGAACCACUUCUUAGAGGAAGAGAGGCGCUCAGUAUCAGACCUAAACAGGCUCCUUGGGACAUACUCUAAUUGUUCACCUAACAAAGCAGCGAUAUCAGCAGAUUUCUGGGCCUGGGCUCAGACCUUCGGUGCAGUGAUGCAGCCUCUGCUAGAACAAAUGUUGUACCGAGAACUAAGAGUCUUUUCUGGGAACACAGCGACAUUCCCAGGGUUAUUGGCCUUUGAUUCCUGGCUUGAGCACACCACUGAGAUGUUACAGAUGUGGCAGGUACCUGAGGUGGAGAAGAGGCGGAGGCUGAUGGAAUGCUUGCAAGGCCCCGCUCUACAAGUGGUCAAUGUGCUCCGUGCUAACAAUGCUGCCGUCACAGUGAAGGAGUGCCUGGAGGCCCUGCGCCAGGUAUUUGGGCCCGUGGAGAGCCACAGAAUGGCCCAGAUGAAAUUUUGUAAGGCUUAUCAGGAGCCAGGAGAGACAGUUUCUAACUUUGUGAUCCGUUUGGAGACCCUGCUCCAAAAAGCCCUAGAAAAAAGGGCAAUAGCACGAAGGAAUGUGAAUCAGACCCGCCUUAAACGAAUCUUAGGUGGGGCCAUCCUUACUGGAAAACUUCGAGAGAAACUUAAGCUAAUGAAACAGCGUCGGAAGCCACCUGGUUUCCUGGCCCUGAUGAGGCUUUUUCGUGAGGAGGAGGAGUGGGAAGCUAUUACGGGGGCAGAGAAUAGCUGCCCACAGGGGCUGGAAAUAGGCAGGGAGAGGGCACUGUUUGUUCCUGCCUUUGACAGUGGUCUUGAGAAAAGAUCUUACCAGGGUUCCCGUCGCCGGAGGGGCAGAGGCCAGCACCGAAGGGGAGGUGUGCCCAGAGAUAGAUCUCAAGGUACAAGAAAGCGGAAUUAUGACACAUUCUGCUAUAGUUGCGGGGAAGAAGGCCACAUCAGAGUACACUGCUUGAACCCAUCCAACCGGACCUUAGUGAAGCAGAAGAGACGGGCUGCAAUGGAGAUGGGAAACGGGGCCUGGGCUUGGGAGAAGAGCCACCCCAAGCCCAAGACCAAGUAGGCUCCAGGGAACAGGGUAACCACUGUUCCCGUAAGCCAAGGAGACAAAAAAGAUGUUUGAAGGAGGGGAAAGAGCAGUUCAGAGAAAUGGCAGGGGACCUUAGUAAGGUACAAUGGCAACAUAACCAGGCACAA